AUGCACAGGGCACUUCUCGCACAGUUUCGGUCUUGUUUAAUCCACGUCCUGUACAAAAUCCCUGUUUUUUUUUAUUUAUAUCUUCUCUCUCUCUCUCUCUCUCUCUCUCUCGUUUUUCUAUGUUGUUAUUCUAUCUAUCUAUCUAUCUAUCUAUUCCUAAACAUGUCAUUUUUCCCUAUCCCCAGCGGUGCUGGAACAAUCUUCAUUUCGAUUUUUCUACAUUUUGAAUCCUCAAGUUUUCCUGUCCAACGGAGCUUCCUCGUGUGGCACCACAUCUUCUCGUCAAUUCAUUUCCAAGUGCAAAGGAUUCUCCCGAUUCAACAGGGGCUUUCUUUUGGAAUCAACUUUUAUUUGCUGUUUUUAUUUUUUUAUCUUUUUUAUCUCUGCACGAUUUUACACUGUCGCUUCUUUUCGACUUUGCACGCAUUUCUCUGUUUAUAUUCACUCUUGCUCAAUUUUCGAGUGAUUUAUCUCCCCUUUUAUCGUUUAUCGAAAUUCUUUUUUUUAUCCCUUUUUACUUGCUCACAUUAUAUUGUUUUUUUCUUCUUCUUUUUUAUAAAUUUUUCUAAUUCAUUUUUAGACGCAGUUUCAUUCUUCUAUUUUUUUCUAAACCAUUAUGGUGCCAUGUUUUUUAUUGCUUUAUUUAUUCUUUCCUUUCCUGAUUUUUUCUUCUCAUUGUAUUUUGUUUUCUUCUUUUUUUUAACAUCUGUAUUCGUUGUUCUUCUCUGA